AAUGGGAUCCUGGGGUGCAUCAAAGAGUGUGGCCAGCAGGACGAGGGAGGUUCUCCUUCCCAUCUACACUGCCCUGGUGAGGCCUCAUCUGGAGUACUGUGUCCAGUUCUGGGCUCCCAGUUCAAGAAAGAUGAAGAGCUACUGGAGAGAGUCCAGCGGAGGGCUACAAGGAUGGUGAGGGGACUGGAGCAUCUCCACUACGAGGAGAGGUUGAGGGAACUGGGCUUGUUCAGCCUGAAGAAGAGAAGGCUGCGAGGGGACCUUAUAAAUGCCUACAAAUAUCUGAAGGGUGGGUGUCAGGAGGAUGAGGCCAAGCUCUUUUCAGUGGUGCCCAGCAACAGGACAAGGGGCAAUGGGCACAAACUGAAGCACAGGAAGUUCCGUCUGAACAUGAGGAAGAACUUCUUCCCUCUGAGGGUGACAGAGCACUGGAACAGGCUGCCCAGGGAGGUUGUGGAGUCUCCUUAUUCUCCUCCCCAAGGAGCAAACCCUAUCUCCAUCCCCAACCUCAUCUCCCUCACCUGGUUCAUCUGUACCAGCAGCAUGGACCUGCGAGCCGCCAGGACCUGCCACAGCGACAGGAUGUGCUUCAGCUGGGUGUUGGCCACCCAGUUCAACCAACCAGGCCGGUGCAUCUACAAACUCUUGGCUCCCACAUCACCGGCAUCCGCGACGGAGGUACCCCAGUCCAUCUGCAGUGCCCGAGGUGUCCCCAGGGUGGUGGUGGACAUGGCACGAAGGUCUUGCACCAUCCAUCCAGCCAUUUAA